AUGGCGUCGGUGGCAGCCAAUGGGCGUCGAAGAGGAUUCUGUAAAAGUGGUGAGUGCAUUCAAAUAAAUCCGCCUCCAGCUCUUCGGCAAUUCACUGUCUUAAAGAAGACUGACUGGAUGAAAGUUCAAGAUGACCUGAGAGGGGUUAAUAAAGAAAAGCAGCGUCUGAGAGAGGCGGCUAAACACAGAGAGGCCCUGCACCUUCGGUCAAAAGAAGUGGUGAAACUGUGGUCCAAUACCAUCACUAGUAAAGGUCAGAAGAGGUUAGAAGCCAAGAAGAUUCGGGAGCAGAUGGAGGAGGAAGAAAGGAAACAGAUUGAAAUGGAAGAAAACAGUUUUAAGGAACAAAAGCGGCAAGAGGCCAUUGAAAAGGCCAGGACUCAGCAUUACUAUCAAACCGACAGAGUCAGAGGAUUACAUAGUGCACUCCUGUUGAGCGACGUGCUGAAACAGAGGGAGGCUCAGAUUGAGCUGAAGCAACGGAUGAAAAGAGCCUCUGAAGACGUGAACAAAACGUACCUGGAAGUGGUAAAAACCAAAGAGGAAGAAGCCUCGAAACAAGAGCAGGAGAAAGCUCUGCAGAGGAAGCUUCAGAGACUGGCUGCAGCAGAAGACCUGAAAAACCAGAUACAACAAAAGGAGUUUGCAAGAGAGCAAGUGAAGCUGGCAAACAAGAAGGAUGGAGAGGAUAUACAGCGUCUAUCUGAGCUCCAUCAGUGGGAGCAAAAACUGGAGUCAGAACGACAAGCGGAGCAGAAGAAAAACCUCAUGCAAGCUCACCUGGUCGGUCCAAUCACCAAGGAUGAUCAUGCAUGUGCAGCCCUGUCUCACCACGCGUUAAACUGCCGAUGCUUCGUCUUCUUACAGGAUCACAUCGACAACAGAGCCCAAAUAAAAAUGCAGGACGCCGAAAAACGGGAGGCUGAGGAAGAACAAAGGAAACUUUUUGUCUCAACCAAACAAAAAAUGACAAAGUUACGGAAAGAAAGAGAGCAGGAGUUGUUCAGGGAGGCUCAGCUGCACAGAGAGACGAUUCUGAACAAACUGAGCGUCACACAGCAGGAGCAAACUGCCACCGAGGAGCAGAGAAUAGCCAAAGCUGUGGCUGAGCAGGAGGCAAAACGGACACAGCUGCGACAGGAGGAGAGGAAGAAGAAGUCCGAGAUGCUGAAGUCGAUCGCGGCGCACAGGGAACUCAUGAGAAAAGAAAAGGAGCACAGAGACCAAAUCACCAAGAAGGAAACCCAAGAUGCCCUGCAGGCAAAGAGGGAGGCUGACAGGAUAUUCUUGGAGAAAAAGCAACAGAAGGCUGAAAAACUCAGAGAGGAAGAAAUUAAACAGCAGGCCUAUAACGCUGCACAAGUGGCUGAAAAAAGUGCCAGGUUACAGCGGCUGAAAGAAGAACACAAGUUUGAAGCAAAGACCGCACAACUCAUCGCUGAAGAGGAAAACAGGUUUCAGCAGUAUUCACAGCAAAUCAUCAACGCAGCAGUGGAGGCUAAAAAAAACGUGUUUCCACUUUACAAAGCCGCGAGGAAAGGGACUGGAGGCGGGUGCAGUCUUUUGGGGGAAGGUUGGCCCAUCUACCUCGUCCAUGACUCCACCGGCGCUCAGAUGCCCAAAUGUGUCACGGCUACUACUGAAAAAAUUAAAAAACUGCACCAGCCUGCAGAUAUCCAGGAGGCGAAGGCACGACUGGGCUUCUUGUGGUGA